AUAUAUAUAAUAAGUACAGUAAUAAUACAUAGUACAUGUGAUAAAUGUAAAUAAAAUAGAAACAAAAAAUAGAAAUUAAUAAAAUAAUAAACAACAUUGCAUUGUUUGACGAGUUCGAUAUUAAUUGCUUAGCGACCACGAGGAUUCGCGUUAUGUGUACAAAAUGUCGAGAAUCACGCUCGAUUUGUUACGAAAGCGUUCGGAACAUAAUGAGGGCGAAAUUUCAACUCUUGAAGAGAUCGCAUUACACCAAGAAAAUAUUGUGAAGAUCGAAUUGAUUGACAAAACAUGCAGGCAUAUGAAGAUUCUAUUAUUGCAAAAUAAUCUCAUAUCAAAAAUUGAAAAUCUAAGCAAAUUGAAAAGGUUAGAAUACUUGAAUUUAGCUCUGAAUAAUAUAGAAAUAAUCGAAAAUUUGGAAGGGCUUGAGAGUUUGAAAAAAUUGGAUUUAACUGUUAAUUUUAUCGGUGAUCUUCGAGGGAUCAAAAAUUUAAGAUAUAACGAACAUUUGGAACAGCUAUUUUUGAUGGGAAAUCCGUGUGCGGAUUAUCAAGAUUAUAGAGAAUAUGUAAUUGCAACAUUGGUACAAUUAAAGGAGCUUGAUGGAACAUCGAUCGAAAGAUCGGAUCGCAUAAAAGCAUUGCAACAUUAUGCUGAAAUCGAAGGGGAAAUUGUUAGAAGUUGCGCGAAACAUAAAAUAAAAAGAGAAGCUGAAUUAUUAAGUUAUCACGAGCAAAUAAAAUCACAGAAAAAUCAAGAAAAUGCAGAUAAAGAGGAAAAUGAAAAUGAAGAGGAUAAGCAAAUAGAGGACAAAGAAGAAAAGGAAGAUGAAUUAUUUUGGAAUCAAACUAGUCGUCACACACCAGAGGAACGCAUCGCUAUUGCGGAACGAUUUUUGCGAAAACAAGCAAAAAAAAAUCAGAAAAAGGAUCAAAUAAUUGAAUCACAAACUACUUAUAAAUUAAAAUUAUUUGAUUCUAAAGGCAAACCCUAUAACAUUAAUCAGCCAAAAGUAUCUUUCAAGUUGAAUGAAGAGGAAGAUAGGGAUCACAUUAUUUUAGAGAUUGCUCUAUAUAGAUACUUGGACACUUGUUACGUUGAUGUAGAUGUGCAUCCUGAUUACGUGCGCGUAACUAUAAAAGGGAAAAUAUUACAAUUGACUUUACCCUGUGAAGUAUCAGUAAACGGUAGCACGGCACGAAGAAAUACGACGAACGGCAAGCUAAUAAUAAUGAUGCCACGUUUAAAUGGAUUAUCUACGAUAUUCUCUAAUAAUAAAAAGAUAACUAAACAAAAUCCCAACCGAUGUACAACAAUCGAACGACGAUCAGCAACGAGUGUACGGGAAUAUUUAGAAAUUGGUCCGGAAAAUAAUUUAGAUUUUUUGAAAAUUGUCAACCCAUCGACCAAUAAAACAAUUGUCAAUAAUCAAGUGGAAAAAUCAAAAAAUGAAGAGAUUUGUUGCGAUAAUAAUUUAGAGGUACCACCACUUGAAUGAAAGAGACUAACUUUCAUAUAAAACACUCACCUUGAAUGGAUCCUG